AUGAUUAGUAUCCAUAGAAAAUGGUUAAUCGAUAACAUUGGCAUUUUAGGCCACAACAAAAAAUAUCCAACAUUCCCAAUGCAUUCUGGAAAUAUGCCAUCGUAUUCUCCGCCUACGCGGUCUUUCUUCACACCUCCAUUACCAAGAGAAUACAAUAAUCCAUUUGCUGAUAAGCCAACUUUGCGCGGGACCAACAGCGAAGUUGGUAUUAUGGAUACAGGGAACCCCAUGAGUCGACGUCCCAUACCGCCUCCAAGUAUAACACCAGGUCAUGAACGCGUACCAUUGAGGCCUGAUCUCUCUGAAAACCGGCCAGUUUCAAUAAGCACUUCGCAAACAUUAAAUACAGAUCUUCAGCAAAGUAAUCAACCAAAAAAGGUUUUGAAUACGCCGUCGCACAAAGUUAAUAAGGUGGAUUUAGGACAUCCUUAUGAUACAAGCAACGGUAAUCGUGCUUUGCUGAACUCUGAAAAUCCAUCAGACGUGUCGAAAAUAAUUCCAAGCAUUUCACGAAUCUUGUCAGGUUCGAAUGGGAGACAAGAAGACAUUCCUGACGUUCUUUUAAGAACGAAAGAAGGCGAAACCAUUUAUUCGACUGAAAACAUUCAAAAUUUAGCAAAUGUUAAUCAUGAUCGUACGCUGUUCACAUCCACAAUUCAACCAGUACAGAAUCCGAUCAAUCAAAACCCAAUUUAUGAUAUCAACACGAAUAGCAAAUUCAAUGCAGAACAAAGUGAAGUGCAAACAUGGACAAUUGCAUGGAACAUUCAUGUUUAUCUCUCUGCUAUUCUGUUUACCAUCUUAGCAGUUUAUUCAAUUUUUAAAAUGAUGUUCUAUGAUAAACUUACGCAUCUAUUCAACCAAUCGUACUUCAUAUGCAUUCAUUUGUUCCUGAUUAUCAUCUGUUUAGCACGCAUUUUCUAUUUAUGUUACGACGCAUACAACAUUCAUCUCAGCUUUGAUCCGUUUGUCUCAGAAGUGCUACUAAAUCUGCCAGCAACAUUUUUGACUGUUGCAUUCGCAACAUUAAUUCUUUUCUUACUGAUCCGAAGUUUGAAUCAUAAGAAUAAUCGAUACUCACCACUCAUGCGUCCAUUAACAGUGUUAGUCGCUUGCAGUGUUCAUGUUGGUCUCUGCAUAACACUUCACUACGUUGAAAGUAUUGCCAGCAAGAACUUCAGCUAUACUUUGAGUCAGCAAGCAGCAAAUGGUUUUGCUUCUUCAAAUAAAUAUUACAACAACAUAAUUCGGGGACAUUCUGGCCCACCACGACUGCUGUCACUCAUCUGUCAAAUAAUCUAUAUAUUUGUAUGUCUCAGCUUGGGAAUAUUUUAUCUUUACAUUUACCGCAUUCUGAAACGUGUAUUACGCAACAAAUCACAAAAUUACAUUCACGGGUACCAAAAUCUUUCGUAUGCCAUUCACAUAACUAUUGCUAUUGCUUUGCUUUUCGUAUCACUUGCUGCACUUCAAAUUUACGGUGCAAUCAGCGUUUCAUCGACAAAAUCAUUAACAACAUAUUCGAUUGACAUAAACUGGCCCCAGUGGGGCUACCAAUUUUCACUUCGACUAAUAGAGGUCACAAUAAUUGCCUUGUUGUCGUGGGUGACGGGACUUAAGACUGGAGCUUCAGACAUGCAGCUGAAUGCUAUAAAUAUGGAUAAUGGCAUCGUUCCUCCCCAUGGUGCACGCGGUGGUCUCGACUUCCAAUUGGUCAAUCCUAAUGGAUUUAGUCGUACAUAUGAAACAAACAGCUUCCGAUCUAUCGGCGGUGUUGGAAUUCACAGUAAUCCUACUGACACGAUUAAACAUUAUCCAUUAAAUCAUCAUCAUCCACAGCCGCCCCCGCCACAUUUGAUAAAUCACCAGCCUCAAAUUAACGGUGAAAAUGAGCGCGACUACUUUAGUAAUGAUAACAACAGCACUAUUGUUCCAGAUCAUUACGAGAAUCCAAAUUUUGAAUUGCGUUGUGAUAACGUUAAUGGUUUGACAACAAAUGGAGUAACUAAUGGAAGCAGCUCUGAGAGUAACAACCAGAAUAAUCUUGAUGAUUAUUAUUCUGAACCAUUAAAUGCCCAAUCCCAUCAUCACCAUCAUCCGCCAACAACGACGCAUCACAGUCAUUAUGAUGCGCGAUCUCAGGGUGGCCCAUAUGAUUUUCAAAACUUUGAGCGGCCAACAUUCGAUCGAUCGAGCUCACGCAAUGAGUUUCGUGUUUCAAAGAACCUUAAAGCACUGAAAAGUGGAAGUGGUGUUAAUUCAAAUACACUUAAUUACAAUUAUGGUGAUAAUACGUCAAAUCAUUCAUCAGCAUAUGGUUUUACCACAGCAGCUGCUGGUGGAAAUAACAAUAAUAUAAAUAAUAGUAGUAAUAAUAGUAAUUUCAAUAAUAAUUCAUUUGAGAGGCGUAGUGGCGUACGCAAGAGUGGUACAUUAAACAAUAUUGGUGCUAUACAUCAUUCACGUGGCGGUGGUGGCAACGAGCGCAAUAACGGGAUGGGAAUAAAUGGCGCUGGUGGAUGCAAUAGUUCAUCAUCGUCAUCCAGUGGUAUUGUGGUGGGUCACCAUCGCUCGUCAGGCAUUCAAACGCUCAAUUCACGUUCCGCUCAACAUUUACAACAGCAGCAACAACAGAUGCUUCAUCAGCCACAAUAUGAACGAGAUUUUCAACGUAAUACGUCUGGUCGUACGUCAAAUAAAACCAAAUUGAUUGCUUCGAAUGUACAACAACAUUCACCGACCGCACAGCAGAUGACGCCACAGCAAAUACACCAUCAGCCGCAACGCAGUGGAAGUAGUAAUGUGAUGGAUCAAUAUCAGAGUAGUAGCGGUGAUAGUGCGACAAGUGGCUCAAUGCUUGUGGCUGAACACGGCUUUGUUAGGUUUCGUGAAUUAAGUGAUAUUGGUAUUAAUGAAUGUUAA